AUCCAAUCAAAUACCUUGAUACAUUUUAAUUCUAUAUCUAUUUUUAGACCAGGGGAAUUUUUGGUCAUCAAUAUUCGCCAUGAAUAUCUUACAUCACAAAAGUUGGCAUGUAAGAAGAAAAGAUAACAUAGAAAGAGUAAGAAGAGAUGAAGCUCAAGCUGCUGAUGAAGAAAAAGAAAAACAGAGAAAGAUAGCACUUGCUGAACAAGAAGCUAGAACAGAACUUCUCAGAAGUAAAAACAGGAAAAGAAUUGCAGAAACUUCAGGAACUGCAGAGAGUGAGACUAUAACAGAAACUAACAAAAGUAAUUCUGUAACAGAAGCAUCUACUUCAGAUGACAAAAAAAGCAUAAAUAUAUACAGUGGUUCAGGCGGACACAUUAACUUCUUCAAAGAUGCUGAAGAUGGGAUAGUUGAAAAGAAGAAAAAUGUUGAACAUGAAAAAGAGAAGAAAGAUGAGAAGGAAACAUGGGAGAAGAAAAUGGGAAUUUUAACAUACCUUGGACAAAGUCGAACUGAUGAUCCAACUCCUUGGUAUUUAUCUAAAAAGAGAAAGAUUGAAGAAGAUGGUUCUAUCUCGCCAAGGAGAGAAAGAGAUGAAAAAAGAAAGAAGCAUAUGGAUCCUAUAUAUGAUCUGAAAAACUACGUGGAAAAAACAAAAGAUGUUCAUAGUCCAGAGAGGAAAAAAAAUAAGCAUAAGCACAAGGAAAAGAAGAAACAUAAGCACAAAAGUAAAGAUAAAGACAGACCUCAGACUUCAUCCUCUAGUAAAACAAUAGAACAGUUGAGAGCAGAGAGGUUGAGAAGGGAAGCAGACGAGAAAAAAAAGACUUCAGAAUUAAUGGCCAAAUUGAGUGGGGAAUCUGUUCCUGAUAAAUCUCAACAUGUUGAAUUGAAUGAAAGAAGGAGAGGCUAUAAUUCUCAGUAUAAUCCAGACUUUGUUAGGAGACCAAAAGACAGUUGAUUUAAAUUACUGUAAAUUCAGAAAUCAUUGCGUGCAUUUAUUAUUGCAAUUUUGUCAUUUUAAACUUAAAAGCAAUUUUAAUUUUUAUGAUUUUGAGAAAAGUCAUGCUUAAGUCAGCUUAAAUAUUACAAAAUGCAAGUUUUAAUUAUUGCGUUUACAACUCUGUCACAUUAUUCGCAAUAAUUUCAGAAUUUACAGUAUCUAAAAUUUUUGCUUUUAUGAAAUAUUUUUUUCCACUUAGUUAGUGAAUUAACAACUUUCUCAUAUUAAACGUCAAUAAUUGUUAUUAAUAUAUAGUAAUAUUUUGCAAAAUUGAUUUAUAUAUGUAUUGAAACUCUUUAAACAACUUUCUGUUGCUUAUUUCAAUUGGUAAUAAUUUAGAAAGAGCUAUCAAAAAAUAUAUUCGUUUUAUGAUUGAUACAUAAAAAUGUAAAUUCUGUGUAUUUUGGAAAGAAAUUAAUAAUGUUCAAAGAAAAUCAAGAGUUACCUCCCUUUAUCUGUUGAUAAUCUUGAAACUAUAACGUAAACAUAUGUCACAUGGUUACAACAUUGUUCAUAGUGUUAGCUCAAAUAUUUUCCACAAAUUAAAUGCAGAUCCCAUAAUGCAAUUUAUAAAUAGCACAUAGCUGAGAUCAUGAUAGAGAAGACUGUAACCAAGAGAAAACAUGAUAAACCAAUUACAAGGCAAAGCCAAGGUUGACAAUGUGCGAUGGAGGGGGAACAAUCUGUUCUAUCACCCUCUUAGCUAUGUGUUAUAUGAAUUUGUUAUAUUGAAUUUUCUGUUACCGCUGCCUUUUAAAUUUUAUAUAUUAUUAAAACGCAAUAAACUUCACAAAAAUCUGGAUACAGUACGGUGGAUAUUGGUCAACUUGACAAGUGUCUCCAUAAAAGGUCAAAGAGCAUAGGGAUAGAGUAAAUUAUCACCUUCCUAUUAACCAAUCAAAAUCAGGUAUUUCAACGUUUGGCUAAAAGUAAGGAGAUGAUUUAAUCUAUCCCAUGGUUCACCCUCUCAUGCAGACCAAUGAAAUUCUGUAAUAUAAAGGACAAUGAAUUGAAUUUAUAUGAAUUAAUUAAAAGACAAUUCUCAAGUGCCACACUUUUCCAUUUACUUUAGUUAUGUACAUGACAUCAUAGUAGAUUAUUUAAAGAAUUAAAUUUAAAGGAUAUAGUUGUCAAACAUUUAGAAUAAUACAUUUUAUAACUAAGAGGGUAAUACAACAGAUUGUUAUCCCUUGAUUUACAAAUUUUGUUUGGGUAACAAUAACUGCUCUAUCCCCUUCUCAGCUAGGUAUUAUUUUUAUAAUAGUGACUGAUUCUUGUUAUUUAAACAUGAGUUUAUGAAAUCAUGUGGUUCACAUUAUGCAUGGUCACUUGAUAGUUGUGUUAAGCUAUGAUUAUAUGUUUCACACAAAUUGAAUUCUUUAUUUGUGUAUUUUAUAUGUAUAUUAAAAUAAAAUUUAGAAAAAAGA